GGUUGAAGGCGUGGGAGAAAGAGAAGGACAUGGUGUGCACUGUUGAAUAGCUUCCCAGUCGUCAUGACAACCUCACACCCCAUCAUCUUUGGAGCUGUCUUGUUGCCACAGUGACCUGUUCCCUCUUCCUCUGAUGACCUGGAUUGGGCUGAUAAAGAAGUACGAUCCAAAAGUAGCAUCUCAUUUUUCUGAGAUCCCGCGGAUGGGAGAGAGGACUGAAACGAGCAUUGGGAUGGGGAUGCUGUUGGAGUAGCACCGGAGCGUUGCUUGGAAACCGAGGCAUGCCAGUACAACAGAUCACUGUGGUUCCGGCACGAGAGACUACUAGCAAGAGCACUUCUCACACCAAAGACAAGAAUGAGGGUAGGAAAGCACCAGGACGCUCAGGGAGUCGAUCCAGCAACAUUUCCAAGGUCAGCAACUCUGGAGUCACCGCAGCCUCGAGAACAUCCAUAGCGGCAUCUGCUCAGGACAUAUGCAGUUCUAGCCUGCUGACCUGUUUAGAGGAGGAUGCUUCUGAGACUCUGAAACACACAAACAAUUCCCCCACAAUGACGGUGACCGGUGCAGCUCUGAGCUCCUCGGCUCAGCCUCAGAAAAAGCAGGUGAAGAGACGCCGCCGCCGCAAGAAGAACAGCUGCAGCACCUUCGGCUGCGCAGAAGCCAACAGCAAGAAGGAGCAGAGCGACCGCAGUCUCAGCUCGGACCGAAAUGAGCUAGAGGAGAAGAGGGAACGCUCCUACAGGAACCGCAGGGAGCUCCCGCCUCACCUCCGGUGCUCUGGCGCCCCUCAGUCCAACUCCUCCUCUGAGGAGGAGGCGCGGCGCGAGGCUCGCAGCUGGAGCAAAGAGAAAGCGCGACGAGCGCACAGAGAGAGAGGCGCAACAAACGGCUGUAAAAACAGACAGGAUGACAUAAUGGAGCUGCAGUCUGUGGAUUCAGACAACUGGAAGGAGCAUCAACAUCUGGUGGAGGACAGUGGUGGCCUCCAAAAGCACCCCAACGUCAGGGGCUCAAGGAGGAGAGCCCCAGAUGUUUCACAGAGAAAGAGACCACAGAGUAGAGCAGCAGAGAGGAAGAGCUCUAAGUCAAGGAGCCCAAGGGGCAGUUCCUCAGUGGUAGAUGAUGGGGAGGAACUCAUCACUAAGAAAUACCAGGAGAAGGGGUCAGGCUAUGGAGAUAUGUCUGUCCCCAUGCUGCAGAAACACUGUGCUAUGAAUGGGGGCGCACCAAGACCCGAUUCAGAUGACUCUGAGGUUGAGGUCUGCAGGAUCUGCCACUGUGAGGGGGAUGAUGAGUGCGCUCUGAUCACGCCGUGUCGCUGCACCGGCAGCCUGAGCUUUGUCCAUCAGGCCUGUCUCAACCAGUGGAUCAAAUCCUCGGACACUCGCUGCUGCGAACUCUGCAAAUACGACUUCAUCAUGGAAACAAAGCUCAAACCUUUAAGCAAGGAGUUCUAA